AUGCGGUUCUGGCUCACUACCUUAGGCUUGAUCUCCGCCAUUGGUGGGUCUAACCCAUCUGCUUCACGACCUUCUACUCGCAACAACCCAAACCUUGCUCCUUCUGAUGAUGCAUCCUCCACUAGGACUCCAGAAGAAACCAACUACCACUGUCUUCAUAGAAUUCUAGGAGCCCUUUCUGAUAGGCUUUAUGAUAUUUAUUAUAUAGCUAAGAGUGCCAAAGAUCUCUGGGAUACCUUAGAAAAUAAAUAUGGACUUGAUGAUGCCGGGGUAAAGAGAUUCAAAGCUUCUGACUUUAGCAAGUUUAAAUUUGUUGAUUCCAAAUCUAUGAAUGAUCAAAUCCAUGAAUAUGAAACAUUGAUUCUUCAACUCCAGGCAAAUGGAACCCACUUAGAUGAGUCUUUCCAAGUUGCCUGUAUUAUAGACAAACUUUCCUCUACCUGGUCAGACUUUGCCAAGACUUUGAGCCACACCCAAGGUGAUCUGUCUCUAACCCAAGUCCUAAAUUCUAUUAGGAUUGAAGAACAACAUCGCCUUAGAGAAAAAUCUCACUCCUCCAAUCCUUUGCCCAAAGUCAACAAUGUUGAAUCCAAGCCCAAAUCCAAAAAUCAGAAUCGUUUUUUCCGUCCCAACCACAACAAGUCCUUCAAGAAGAAAUCAUUCAACCAUAGGAACUCCUUUCAGCCCAACAACAGAAAACCCAACUUCUCUCAGAACCAGAAGAAAGAGAAAGAAGGAGAAUCUGUUCGUUGCUGUUUUGUCUGUGGUCGGACCAACCAUAUAGCCAACCAAUGCUUCUACAAGAUCACUACUCCUCGUCAACCUAGAAGUAAGGGUCCUACCACUUCUGGUGCCCAGGCCAACAUGGUGACAUGUGGGGCUAACUCCUUUGAGACUGCUAUCAGGUCUGUUUCCUUCAUACCUGAAGUUAACAUGACACAAUUAGCACUUGACUGGUGGAUUGAUACCGGAGCUAGUAUACAUGUUUGA